AAACUAAACGUGCAACAAAGCUGAACGUUCAGCAGGAAAUAGAACCGUAAAACCUGGACGAGCGCCUCCUGUCUCUCUCUCUCUCUCUCUCUCUCCCCUCUGAGCGCGUUUGGAUGGAAAUGCUGCCGCUUGGCCACUAGAGCGACAAAGUACAGCGAGUCUUCAUGAGCAACUAGGCAGUCCGAAUGAAUGGAGGGCAACCGGAUGGUCGAUCGGACACCAGUCCACGCAGCACAAUCCGGCUCCAGCAGCCUGCGCCUUGUGUAAAGUUGCUGGGAGGAAAUCCCUCCUUGGAGCGGCGGCUUUAAAAGCCCCCACCCGGAGAAGAUCUUCGUCCUCUCCUAAUCCCCUCAUUCCCGUGCAGACCGAGCUUCACCAGCAGAGGUGCAUUGUUUUGUCUUUUGUUUUUCCUUUUCAUGUCGACGCAGAGGAGAGCUCUGCUCCUUUUUUUUUGUUCCUGCAACAGGUCAUCAUUUACCGCAGAGCGCUGCGUCCGUCCAGCCUGCAGCCGGAACAACCCCCCCAGCGCAGCGCCGGGUAGUUCGGGGAACUUUCCGCUGGCGUGCGCCGAGCGAUGCUUGGCUUUACUUUUUUUGUCUUUGGCUCUGUGAUCUGAGCUGCGUGCUGCAUUGUGCUCCACGCCGGACCGAGCCGAGCCGAGCUGUCCCGAACCAGCCUGCGCGCAACGAUCCGUCUUCAUGGCAGCGGGGAGCGAAGUGAAAAUGGCCCCAACAAUGAGACUGCCGAACACGCAGUAGCGUCGGAUCUGCGCGGAGCUUCGAAACGCCGACAAAGACCAGAGAAGGAGCUCGUUUUUUGGAGGAGGAGGAGGAAGAGGAGGAGGAGGGGGGCUCUGUGAGAAGGACUGAUGGUUCCGAACAAGUGGAGCAUGAAUUCGGUUCUGCACAAAUCGCCUCCAAGGAGCUGGCUGGGACUCAGAUUAAGACUGAAUGAUAAGCCGGUCCAGGAGGAAGACUGGGUGGUGUGCCAGCACCCGGAGUGUCCUGACCACCGGAGGGCCUCUAAGGUUUGCCACCACCCGGACUGUCAGGACCUGAACGGCAAAGGCCCGCUUCAUCUGUGUGAGUCAUGUGACUCACGAUGCCAUCCAGAGAGCGCCGACAACAUGCACUUUGACCGACACCCUCGAUUCGACCUGCAACCUCAAGCUUCCAUCCUGGCUCGGAACGUGUCCACGCGCUCCUGUCCCCCACGCACCAGCCCCCCCUCCGAUCUGGAGGAAGAGGAUGAGGGGAGCAACGACCGCGGAGAGCGUAAAACGGUGGGGAUGAAGUUGGGAAAGAAGAAGCAAAGGAGACGACACACUGACGACCCCAGCAAGGAGUGCUUCAGCCUCAAGUUUGACCUCAACGUGGACAUCAACACAGAAAUCGUGCCUGCCAUGAAAAAGAAAACACUGAGAGAGGUUUUAGGUCCGGUGUUUGAGAGGAACGGCAUCGAGCUGUCACAGGUCGACUUGUUCCUCGAUCAGUCCAAUACUCCACUGGCGCUCCACUUCGAGGCCUAUCGCUUAGGUGGACACUACCUCAAAGUUAAAGCACGUCCCGGUGACGAGCUGAAGGUGGUGCAGGGUGUGAAAGACUUCCGAUCGCACAGCUUGCCCAUCAUGAAGCCCCCUGAUGGUCAGAGCCCCUACAUCCUCACCCCGACCAGAGAGAAGGUGGCCCACGAGUCUCUGGGACGCCGUGAAAGCAUGGAUCUGUUGGGUCAGGCGCGGCGGAGGAAGAACAUGACGGAGUUCCUGGGGGAGACCAACAUUCCCACCCCGGACGCCCUGGGACAGCUGGGCGGCUCGCUGCCCAGCGUCGGGGCCGGGCCGGACAGCUGGAAGAACCGCGCCGCCAGCCGCUUCAGUGGCCUGUUCGGCUCCAACGCCGGCGCGGGGCCCUUCGGCAAGGAGGGGGACCGUCUCGAGCAGCUCCAGAGCAAGCUCCACUCCUACUCGUUAUUUGGGCUCCCCAAGGUGCCGCGGCAGCUCUCCUUCCACCACGACUCCUGGGAGGAGGAAGAGGAGGAGCCCAACCUGGUCAUGGAGGACAGCUGGCAGACGCUGCUGGACAAUCCUGAGGCGCUGACGAGGCGACAGUUCCACCAGCAGGAGGCGAUAUGGGAGCUGCUGCACACAGAAGCCACCUACAUAAAGAAACUCAGAGUCAUCACCGAUCUCUUCCAGUCUGGGCUGCUGAACCUGCAAGAAAGCGGCUUGCUGACGGAUGUGGAUCCCACCAAGCUGUUCAGCAACAUCCAGGAGAUCGUGCGGCUCCACACCUCCCUGUGGAACCAGGUCAUGCUGCCGGUUCUGAGGAAGGCCAGGGAGGCCCGGGCCCUGCUGGACCCCACUCACCUCCACGACGGCUUCACCACGUUUGGCUCGAGGUUCCAGCCAUACAUCCGUUACUGCAUGGAGGAGGAGAGCUGCAUGGAGUACAUGCGCACGCUUCUCAGGGACAACGAGCUCUUCAGGACCUACGUUACGUGGGCAGAGACCCACAAGCAGUGUAACCGUCUGAAACUGGCCGACAUGUUGGCAAAGCCUCACCAGAGGCUGACCAAAUAUCCGCUCCUGCUGAAGAGCGUCCUGAAGAAGACCGAUGAGCCGUCGGCCCGCGACACCGUUAACAGCAUGCUGGUCACGGUGGAGAGAUUCAUCAACAGCGUGGACUCGAAAAUGCGUCAGCGUCAGGAGGAGCAGAAGCUGGCCACGAUCUCCGCCCGCAUCGACUCCUACGAGGCUGUGGAGGGCAGCAGCGAAGAAGUGGAGAAGAUCCUCAAAGAGUACAACCGCUUCGAUCUAAUGACUCCCAUGAGAGAGACGCCGCCGGAGGAGACUCGACAGCUGCACCUCGAGGGAGCCCUGAGGAUGAAAGAGGGCAAGGAGAGCAGGAUGGAGGUCCACUGUUUCCUGUUCACCGACCUGAUGUUAAUCACCAAGUCGGGGAAACGCGUCGAAAAGAACAAAAUCAUCAGACAGCCUCUCCUCCUCCACAAUGUCGUCUGUAAGGAGCUCAAAGAUCCCGGUUCUUUUAUCCUCAUCUACCUCAAUGAGUUCAAGAGUGCAGUAGCAGCCUACACUUUCCAAGCCAACAGCGCCGCCCAGGGGCGAAGCUGGAUAGAUGCAAUUUGCAACGUCCAGAACCAGCUACAGAAGCUCCGCAACCAGGAAGCCCUUCGGCAGCAGGACAUUCAGAAGAAAUGCACAGCCGAGGAGGAGGAGGAAGAGGAAGACGAGAGCAGCAACUCCACUACGAGCUCGCCGGUCCUGCGGCACAAGGACGGGCAGAACUCAAGCCAGUCGGACGGCUCGACUGAGACCCUGUCUGUGAUGGACGUCGACGAGCCGGCCGAGCACCAACAGUCUCCUGCCUCCAGCACAAACUUCGAGGAGAGCUCCAGCAAAGACUCGGAGCCUGACCCGGUUCUGCUGUCGGAGAGGUCCGAGCUCCAGCAGCCGGCGCACCGAGCGUAUCCCAGUGUUUACAUCGAACAGAUCCAGGAGGAGAACGAGGAGCUGGACCCUCAGCGUCGCUCCCUCUCCAUGGACAGCGCUUACGGUACCCUCUCUCCUGAAUCCCUGAUGCAGCUCCAGCCCGUCCAAAGUGAGGAUGUGGAAGUGGGAGAGCGGGAGGUGGAGUUCGGCGAGCCAGAAAUCGAAGAAGUGGAUGAAGAGGCGGUAGAAGAAGAAGAAGAAGAGGAGGAGAACGAGGAGGAGGAGGAGAACGCGUCUGUGGGGUCCCAGCUGUCGGUGGUGCAGUCGUCCAAACCUCGCCGUCGGCCGCAUGUGCACUCCAGGCUUGAAUGCAUGCAGAGGCUGUCCCCUUUAACCUUUUCUCGCUCCGAGGACAACCUCCUCCAACGGGUCCACCACGAAGACCCCGUCUCUCGCACGCACUCCCUCAACUCCGACUCCCAGGAGCUGGACUGCGAGGACAUGGACAUGUCCUCUCCGGCUCCGAGGAAGAAGAGCUUGUCGCAGCUGCGGCGGAACGGCCUCAACCGAUCCGAGGACUGCCUGAGCGUGAGCAUGCCCGCCGGGAAGCUGAAGGCCAUCCUGAACCGGGCCGAGGCCAUGGACAGCCGGCGCAGCCCCGACGGGCCGCGCGAGGGCCCCGAGCCGGAGGAGCAGACGGUCGCGCCCGGCAGCUCGGACAGGAAGUGCGAGACGGCGGCAGACGGUAACUCGCCUAGAAACAAAAAGAGGAAACCUCCGGCCCAGCAGCACAAGAAGCUGACCCUCGCUCAGCUCUACAGGAUACGCACCACUCUCGUCCUCAACUCCACGCUAACGGCAUCGGAGGUAUAACUUCUCUUCCAAACGGCAGACCGGCAGUUCGCGGACAACACAAGGGUUGACGCUUGUUUUGUGUGGAUGGACUGACUUUCUAUAGACACGGAUAUGCACUCUCUGUCAUGCUGCCCCUCUCCCUUGCAGUUGCUACUUUGGAAGUUUUUCUUUUUAUUUAUACAACAGCAAUCCCAUAUUUGUUUUUUUUUAUGGUUUCUAAAUUCCUCGAUUUAAAAAAGGGAGGGGCAGAGAGACGUUAACUGCCUGCACUUUGCAACAGAAGUAGCACUGGAGGGCUGGAACCUGCAGCGAGGAGGCGUCCAGGCGGAGGUCCGACAACCUCGUCCCUGCACUCCAGACAGGAGGCGUCGCGACUCUGCGCUUCCUCUCACUCGUGAGUUGAAGGCGGAGCAGCAAAUCUUGAAUGCGCCUGUGUGUAUUGACAAGAAGCAAAAAAAAAAAAAAAAAGAUUAAAAAAAGAAAACUUUGACACUUGUACUGCUCCCGAUUUUCUCCAGCAAACGAAGCGAUUGCGCCGUUUUCAACACUAAACGGUGAAUUCGUCAGCCGUCAAAUCAGUCGUUUGCGUUGGAACGUCGUCUUUGACGCGUUUUCGAGUCUUGACUGAACCAAAACUGAUCCUCUUCUCCUGUCAACAUGCAAACCCACCCAAAGAUGGGAGGCCUAUGUAGCCCUUCAGGGGAAAAAAAAAAAAAAAAAUCACAUUUCAGCUUAUACAUUUUUUCCCCAACUUCUUGUUUACUGUUCACGAUUUUUUUUGUUGUUGAACUAAUGACUAAAAAUGGGUGACUGAAGCCGUUUCGUUAUUUUUUUUUUUCUUUUUCUGCACUAUACGUGUUCCAGCUUGAGGCGCACACGAAAAAAAUGACAACAGAUUUACGCGAAGAACGGAAAGUCGCACUAGCACGUGUUUCUUUCUCUUAGUAACGCUAGCAGGUUGGAGAAAGAGGUUUGUGGUGAUUAUUCUGCAGAGCUUUAGCUGAACAGCUUUCUCCAGGAGAUUGUAAAAAGCUUUCCAGAUUGGUAAUUCACUCCAAACAUUGCCCAAACCAAAUACGUAAAUAACAUUGUUUACUUCAGUUUUUUUUUUUCGUUUGUAUGUAAUAUUUAUUACCCCUGCUAUGUUUUAUAUAUAAGAUAUUGUUUAUAUUGUUUGCUUUCAGGAUUUGUAAAUGUCUUUUUUUUUUUUUGUUAAUAUUUUUUUUGUCUUGUCAGACAUUAAUGUGCUAUGAACCAAAAUCAUGUCUUUUCUUUCAGGAAUGACGAGAAAGUGUCUUAUGAAAUAAUAAAAAAAAAAUUACAAAAUAAA